AUGCUAGCAGUGUGCGGUGAUUUCAACGCGAAGCUCAGUAAUAGCUACGGUUUCACAUACCAUAUGUCAACCAACGACAACGGUGAACGACUACUGGAUCUGGUAGACCAACACCAGCUGAUAGUUGCUAACCGCUGUUUCCAGAAACCGGCUAAUAAAAUUUGGACCUAUGAAGACCCCAAAAGAGCAAAGCAUCAAAUUGACUUUGUACUCUGGCGGAAGAAGUGGGCAAAUAGUGUGAAGAACUGUCAAGCGUACAACAUCAUGCAAACUGUCGGUUCAGAUCACCGGAUUGUAACAUGUUUUGUUCAAGCCAGCUACAGAGUCAACAAAACUCCAGCACGGGACCCUCUUAGGAGCAUUGACUGGACUCCACUGAUCCACGAUUCCAACAUGAAACACCAGUAUGCAGUGGAAGUGAAAAACAGGUACAGUGCACUCCUAGAGGAAGCAGAGCUUGAGUCCGACUACGACCUGCUCGUUAAAAGCGUUACAAGCACAGCACUUAAGGUGUUGCAAAAAAAGAGGAAGAGGAAACGGGAAAAUCCUUACAACGAUCCUAAUAUUGCACACCAUCGCAAUAUCCUAAAGGAUGCGUCCCUGAGUCACAGGAUUUCCCCCUCUUUUUCGUCCAAGGAAAAGCUUGAAGACGCAAAGAAGCAACUGGACGAAGCCUAUAAUGCUGCUACUUCACAACACAUUCGACAACAGACUGACCUGCUGGAGAAAACUAACCCUGAUCACAGGCAUCGCAGUUCCUGGCACAUCAUCAGGCAACUAACAUCUUCCGACACUGUGCCAUACUGCAAAGUGCCAGGAGGCACUACCGAAGAACGGCUCAACAUCUGGUUCGAGCACUUCAAGUCCCUUCUAGGCACAGAACAGCCUCCGCCGGACCUCACCCUCCCCUUCUUCAACCAGCGAGUCUCUGACACCCUGCCCAUCAGCUGCUAA